AUGUUUCUAACAUUGAAAUUACUUUCAAAUAGACAUCCUUCGUUUAUAGCUCGUACAGUUUUUGUAAAGAAUAAUAAUGUGGACGACGCCUGUAGAUUGUUAAAUAGAAUUCUUGGUAAAGAAGGUAUCUUAGAACAAUUUAGGCUUACAAGAUAUUAUGAAAAACAUUUACAGACACGACGACGCAUAAAUCAUGAGAAAUGUAAAGCCAUCUAUAAUGAAGAUAUGGAACGUAAAAUAAAAUUUGUGCUUAGGAAGAACCGACAUGAGCCAUUUCCUGGAUGUCACUGAAAAACAAAUUACCUCAACAUAUUUAGCAUACUAGUUAAUAUAAAUAAAUGUAAAUAGGGAA